CACACACGCUCCCACGGUAGCUCAGUGUUUUAUGUCUGCGUCACAACAAGUCGGCGGAGGGCGAGAGGCAGAGGGAUGAUGGCGUCUCUGGCGGCUUGAUUCCGGCGCAGCUCAGACGAAAUCCGCCUUAAUCAGCUUCGGCGGCUGGGAGAGGGCUGAGGUGUGAGGAGGUGAGAGAGCAACAGCGACGGGGACACGAUGAAACGGCGCCGCGGAGAAAGGACGGACAAACUCGUCUGAGAGAGACGGACGGACGGACGGACGCCUCCUCCUCUUCCUCCUCCUCCUCCUCCUCUCUGCUGACGGUUUGACUGACACACACACACACAAACACACACACACACAGUCACAGAGAGGCGCCUGGCAAAGGCACAGACAUACAUGCACACCAGCCACUUUUUGCCACCCAGCACGCUGCGCGCCGGAGCCGGCCGGCGUUAAUUGGACGUCCCCGGCUGAUGAAGGCACUUCCACGUCCAGCCUGUCCAGGAAUCACAGUGACCCCGACGCAGAGGAGUUCGACUUGACAGGAUGGGGGGAGUCAGUGAGGGAGAUGAUGUGUUGGCUCGUUGGAGUGAUGGACUACUCUACCUCGGCAACGUGAAGAGGGUCGACGGAGUCAAGCUGUGCUGUUUGGUGAGAUUUGAGGACAACUCUGAGUUCUGGGUGCUGAGAAAGGACAUUCAUUCGUUCUCAGCCGGAGUGGAGGAAGUUUGCUGUAUUUGCGACGCCCCGCCUCUUAAAGAACCCCUCAUAAAUUGUCUUAAAUGCCGCCACGGUUAUCAUGCGGAGUGCCACACGCCGACAAUCGAGCCGGAAGCUGACAGCGACUCCUGGAUCUGUCGGCAAUGCGUCUUUGCAGUCGCAACCAAGAGAGGCGGCGCUCUCAAACGGGGACGCUUCGCCCGGCUCAUGCAGUUCAUGAAACUGCGGCUCCCCUACCAGCUGUCCUCCUUGGACUGGGACCCUCAGCACCUGACCAAUCAGCAGCAGUGCUACUGCUACUGCGCCGGACCUGGAGAGUGGAACCUGAAGAUGCUGCAGUGUGGCAGCUGUGGUCAGUGGUUUCAUGAGGCCUGCACACAGUGUCUGUUAAAGCCUUUGCUGUAUGGAGACAGGUUUUAUCAGUUCCAGUGUUCGGUUUGUGCAAAGGGGCCGGAGACGGUCCAGAGGCUGCCCAUGACCUGGGUGGACCUGGCUCAUUUAGUGCUCUACCACCUCUCGCUGUGCUGCAAGAGGAAAUACUUUGAUUUCGACCAUGAAAUCCUGUCCUUCACCAACGAGAACUGGGACUCGUUGCUUCUGGGCGCGCUGUCUGACACGCCGAGGCAAGACCGCUGUCACAAUCUCCUCAACGCUCUCAACUCUCACAAGGACAGGUUCGUCUCUGGGAAGGAGAUCAAGAAGAAGAAGUGUCUGUUUGGGCUGCAGGUCCGAGCUCCGCCUCCGCUGAUGUCGGAUUCCUCGCCUCUCGUCACCGACCCGCCUAUCAACAUCACCCACCGCAGAAGCCCGUUGUCACUGCCCUGCCAGAGGAGAGUGGGGGGGUCGGAGUCGCGUAAAUCAAAGCGCCGCAUCAUGGAGACACAGGCCUGUCCACCCCCAGUCGCUGCCAACCCAGUGGAGCUUCUGCCAUGUUGCCAUGGCUAUGUGGGAGGAGCCAACCUGUUCAACUCCAGGAAGUUGGAUGAGGAAAUUAAUACAAGCUCCCCUCCCAAGCGAAUGUAUGCGCUGUACCACACCACUUACAACGGGAACACUGCCCUCUCCAGGGGUCUUCACCACUACAGCAGCAUGGAGGACACCUGCAGGUUACCGCCAACAUGCCUCCCAUACCCUUUCAACUCCAGCGGAAACCCUCACCUCCAUCACCUCCACCAGCACCACCACAGCCACCAACACAACCACCAGCACAACCACCAGCACCAGCCGGGUCAGAAGCAGCUGGAGCCCGUCCUGCUGUGCGACGUUCCUCCCUAUCAGAGCAGCAUGGGCGGCGUGGGCGGGGCAGGGGGCGGGGCAGGGAGCGGGGCGGGAAUGGGCGCGGGUCUGGGAGGGGGCGACGGGACGGUGGCCAGGAGCUGGGCGGGAGGAGGGGAGGCUGUGAGGAUCUUGGCGAGACGCGUCACUCCAGAUGGGAAGGUGCAGUACCUGGUGGAGUGGGACAACGUGGGUCUGUACUGAGGCUGAGCGGGACGACGGCAGACGCCGACUGUCACAGGACCCUUCUGUGUUCCAUAUGUGGCGGUGUGUAAAGAACGAAGAAAAAACCCGAAACAUGGUACGGAUGGAGGUUUUCUUUCGCAGCAUCAGCUCAGUUUCGACAUCAUCCUAACCUCAGUACUUGGUGUUCCUCUUUGCUAGUGUUCCUCUGAUAUUUGUACUGUUAACUUUGGAAUAUGCCUUUGCAUUUAUCAUGUUUUACAGUGAUGAUGGACACUACUACGUCAACCUCCAGAUAAAUAAUCAGUGUUUCACCCUUAUUAGGAAAACAGUUCUAAGGGUUUAUAUUAUGUAUAUACUCUGCUGCAGGUAUACAAAGUAGUAGAAGAACACCUUCUGUUUCUUUUGUAUUUUACAGUUUUUAAUUUAUAAUUUACCUGAGAAAUGUUUAUUUUCCUGCUUCAUCAUAGGUAACCUUGAUCCCAAAUGGGGAAAAUAUUGGGACUGUGUGAAAAUACCUACAAAUAAAACAAAAGAAAGUGAU